AAACUGCAAAUACAUUUUGCUAUUGGUAAGGUGUAGUUGUCACAUGGGCAUUCAGAAGUUCAGAAAUGUAGUGCUUCCAUCUGGAAACCUGGAACGUGAGGAUUUCUUGUUUUGAUCUUUGAUUAUUUAAGGUGGGAGGAAAUCAAAAUUAGCUGUGUCUAUGUGUGCUUCCUUCAGUUCCUUGGUCUUUGCUGCUAGAUGCUGCAUUGAAGAAGCGUCUUAAGGGUGGGCCACGGGAGAGGGGGUGGAGGAUAUGCCUGGUGGGGAAUUUUCUCCACCCCCUCCAUGCGUGCAUACCUGCUGUAUGUGCCAACUAGGGAAUUUCUAGGGCCAGAGCUCCACAGUUUUCCGAAGGCAUUCAGUUAAUCUGACACUCCAAAGGUGCAUCAUUGCUCUCUAGCUUGCAGCAGUAAAUUCUGCCACAUUCAUUCUCCGCAUGUGCCAGAUGCAUCUCAGUGAAAGGAGAAGCCUCAUGCUGGUUCUCUGCAAAUGGGCCUGUUAAAAUGGUGCCUGUUCUUUUGUGAGGAGGCCAGCCCACCCACACAGGGAGUCUGAGGAUUGCAGAGGGGCUGACGAAGCCUGAGAUGGAGGGUUCCGACCAGCGGUUGGUGCUGGGCAUGAACAUGGGGGAUGGGCGACAGACACCUCCCGGGGAGCUGCGGACACCCACAGAAGAGAGAGAAGAACAGAGGACCUCUGGGUCUGAAGCCCUCUGUGAUGGUGGUGGAGAUGCCAAAAGCCCCCCCAAAAAGGAGGAGGAGGAAGAAGAGGAAGAACUUGAUCCUCGCAUCCAGGAGGAGCUGGAGCACCUCAAUCAGGCCAAUGAGGAAAUAAAUCGGGUGGAGUUGCAGUUGGAUGAAGCCCGCACCACAUACCGGAGGAUCUUGUCAGAAUCUGCCAGGAAGCUCAAUGCCCAGGGCUCUCAGCUGGGGAAUUGCAUUGAGAAAGCGCGCCCAUAUUACGAGGCCAGGCGUUUGGCCAAGGAGGCACAGCAGGAGACCCAGAAAGCUGCACUUCGGUAUGAACGGGCCGUGAGCAUGCACAAUGCGGCUCGUGAGAUGGUUUUUGUGGCUGAGCAGGGAGUCAUGGCAGACAAGAACCGGCUAGAUCCCACGUGGCAAGAGAUGCUCAAUCAUGCAACGUGCAAGGUGAAUGAAGCUGAGGAGGAGCGGCUGCGCAGCGAGAGGGAGCAUCAGCGUGUUACUCAGCUGUGCCAGCAGGCUGAGGCAAAAGUCCAGUCCCUACAAAAGUCCUUGAAGCGUGUCAUAGUGAAGAGCAAGCCUUACUUUGAACUGAAAGCUCAGUUCAACCAAAUUCUCGAGGAGCACAAGGCCAGGGUAACAUCCCUGGAGCAGCAGGUUGCCCAGGCGAAGAUGCGCUACUCCGUGGCUUUGCGGAACCUGGAGCAAAUCAGUGAGCAGAUCCAUGCCCGGCGUCUCCAGCGUCUAGUUGGACGGCGGGCUUCCCCAGUGGGCGCUGAAGCCAGCCCGAUUUUGCUGUACGGAAAUAUGGCCCUACCUCCUGAACCAGCCACCUCUUCUGACACGCUCUCAGUGCUCAGCUUCCAGACCAUUGCCUCUGACCUACAGAAAUUCGACUCGGUGGAGCACCUUCUGGGCCUGUCCGACGCUGCCAGUCUCAACAGCGAUGAGCUUGAAGAGCGGGAACAGCGCCGCGGUGCUCAGCCUCACCCUUUCAAACACCACCGUAGCAUCAGCCUUUGACCUCCCUCUCCCCAUAUGUCCCCUGCUCCAGAACCCCACGCUCCGUUUAAGGUGGGGUGGGCCAUGUGCAGCUCUCCAGAGAUUGUGCUGGACUGGGGUUUCUAGCAUCCCUCAGUAGUGGUUACCUUGCAGAUGAAUGCUUGGGUUUGCAGUCUGGUGUUUUGAGAGUGGUAGUUUGCCUACUGCUACUUGAAGUCCUGUCCUUAAAGAGAAUGGGGAGGUAGCCAGAAUCUUGGAGGUGCAAAAUGUAGUUGCCAAAGGAGGCAACGUUUUGAGUGCAUGGUUUAUAUAGUGAUGCUGGGCCUUGCCUGUGUGAAACGUUGCCUAUGAGUGGAUGAUUCCUCCCCUAUCCCCUUGAGCAGCCUUAGGUGUCACCCAGACGUCUUGCCUUAUGAACACCGUGGGCUCAUCUGGACCCCAGUUGCUUGGAGACUGGCAUUUUGGUUCCACUCUUCUAGCUCCAUCAGCCUGCCCUACCCACCGGCCCCAGCAUGCACCUGUUUGCUGGGAGCACUGCAUGCUGGAAGUAUUUCUGCAACCCAGUACAUUUUAUCUGAACCUGUUGGAUCAAUGGGAAGAAAGGUGAAAUGGUGAGGGGAGAGACGCUGCUGUUUUUACAAUGACUAUUUUCUGUUGGGUUGGAUGAUGAGGAACACAGGUGGGCUGCAACAGGAAGUGCCACUGUACAGAUGUGCCACUGCACUUGUAACUGCAUUCCAGAAAGCCUCCUUGCUCCAUUUACAUCACAUUGCUGGCUCCCAUGAGCCAUACGAUAUGGCCUUUUUGGAACGAUAUGGCCUUUUUGGAACGGAACUCUGGCACCCCCUCCAGGGCCAUUUUGACACACUACAAGAGGCAUGCCGUUUUGUCCCUUCCUAGCAAAGAUUCUCUACUACAUAUCAUAGCAGCUGCCAAGCUCUUUAUAGCUUCUUCAAGAUGGUGACCUAUAUUCUUGGUUCAGUGCAAAAGCUGGGGAGAGACUGGCAUUCUGAGGUUGCAUUUCAAACACUAAGAGGUGAGAAAAGAGCAGAGCGAGAGGCUUGUUCUGUUGGGAUGACCCUCCCUACCCACCCCACCUCCUGGUCUCACCUUCUUGCCACAUCCCAAUUUGCCAUGCUGACUUCCCCCGGAUGUUAUUUGCACUAAGAAGUGGCAAAAGGUGGGGCCAGGAAGUCACUUUUUCUCCUCCCAGCAAUCUCUCUGAGCCCGUUUCUCCCAGCUUUCUGGGGAGGGUGGCAAUUUCCACCUCUGAAAACAGGUUUGCUGGUUACUGGCUGUGAUGAGAACCAGUUGCUGGUUUGAGGCAGCCUGAUAGCAACUCUGUAUGUGUGUCUGUGUGUGUUCAUAUGACUGGCUUCUGCUGUGUAUUUUAUUUAAAGUAAAGUUUAUGCCCUAUUGAGA